UUUUUCUAGGCGAUUUUUGAUCGAUAUGUCAUUUAGAUGCGUUCAAUUUACAGCUUUCAGAAAUUGCUCUGUCAAUAAUCGUGAAGACACUUAUGGAUUUUCUGGAUUAUUGCAAUGUGGACAUUUAAGCUUUAUAAAGGUUUAAAAGAUGUGGAGAGAGGUACUUGUCGACUGGAGGAGGGAUAUACGACAUAUGAUGAACAAUAAAGUGCUUCUGUGAGAAGGCUGUCGAUCGAUUUGUGAAGAGAGGCUCUUAAGAAAACCAGAGUAGAGAGUUUUAUUUGGUUUAAGCAUUGGUAUAGUUUGCGUCAACGGUGUGCGAAUAUGGAAUAAAUAUUUACGGAGCGCUUUUAAAUAACAACGGUUGUUGGUGAAUAAUGAACUUUGUUAUUACGGUUUCAUAGGUAUUAUCUGUUUGCAGUGCAAAUAACAUAAUAUUGGUUUUCUUUGUUAAUGUUGUAGCAUGUUACGCUGGAAAAUGUAACAAUACUAUCAUUCAUUAGCAAAUAUACCAGGAAUAUAUCUGAGUCAAAUAUGUUUCAUAAAACAAUACAUCGAUUGAAAAAAGUAUUUUACUGUUUGGUCUAAAGGUCAAAGACAGAAUGUGAUCUUAAAAGUUUUACGCCAGUGGUGAACAUGGUAAAUGACAUGAUUAUAUAAGUGUAUAUAUUUACUUUAAUAUAGCUGUAAAACAUGGAUAUAUACAACAAAACUUAAACUGCAAAUGUAAUAGGCGCGAAAGUGGUGCUAUAAGCAAUAAUGGAUGUUUCGGUUUUGCUCAACUGGGUCAAAGUGUGCUGCCUAGGACUGAUGCUGUGUUUACGGGAUUCUUUAAGUAUGGAAAACAUGGAAUACCUGAGGAAGUAUGGUUAUCUUGCGCCAUCUGACGGACGGUCUGGAAAUCUUAUAUCUGAGGAGUACUUGAAACAAGCCGUUUCUCAGUUCCAAAGGAUAGCAGGUCUUCCCGUAACAGGUAUUAUGAACAAUGAAACCAGAAAAAUCAUGGCACUUCCCAGAUGUGGUGUCAGCGACACAGUUGGAACCGGUAACAGAGCCAGGAGAAAACGAUAUGCUUUACAUGGCAGUAGUUGGCAAAAACGAGACAGAAUAUAUUAUAGGAUAAGCGAAUACUCAAGAAAGAUUUCCAAAGACGACGUACAAAGAGAACUUCAACGAGCAUUUGAUUUAUGGUCCGAAGUAAUUCCUUUAAGUUUUGUCAGACGAGAGUAUGGCAGAGCAGAUAUAGAAAUACGUUUCGUGACCGGAAACCAUGGCGAUAACACACCAUUUGACGGAAGUGGCCAAACACUUGCGCAUGCGUAUUUUCCACAAUAUGGAGGCGAUGCUCAUUUUGAUGAAGACGAGAAAUGGACAGUAAAUAUAGCUGAUGGCGUCAACUUGUAUCAAGUUGCAGCACAUGAGUUUGGGCAUUCUCUUGGACUGGCUCAUUCGGAUGUUCGGUCAGCUUUGAUGGCACCAUUCUAUAGAGGUUACGAUCAAGACUUCAAACUAGACAGGGAUGACAUUUUGGCUGUACAAGAAUUAUACGGGACCAAAACCAAGCCGGAUUAUACUUCCAGACGCUAUAACUAUUGGACCACUCAUAAACCAUCAACACUCAAGCCACACAAACCAUUUGUACAUAUACCAAGCAUUUGUAGAAACGCUACCAUUGAUGCCAUAACUAGAACAGACAAUGGUAUCACCUAUAUGUUUCAAGGUGAAUAUUACUACCGUCUGGACGAACAGGGUAUAGAUACAGGAUAUCCUAGAGCGAUUCAAUGGGACUGGGGAAGCAUUGAGGGGCCUAUUGAUGCAGCACUUACCUGGCCUAAUGGAUGGACAUUCAUUUUUAAGGGAAGUCAUUACUGGAAGUUUCAUAAUCUGCAGCUUAUUUACGGGCCUAAAAAUAUAUCUGAAGGUUUUGAUGGUAUUCCCGGUGACAUUGAUACAGCAUUCGUCUGGAGCGGCAACGGCAAGACUUAUUUUGUUAAAGGAAAUAAAUAUUGGCGUUACCAUGGCAACAGAAUUGAUUAUGGUUACCCUAGGGAGUUGAAAAUUUGGAGAGGUCUGCCGGAGCGGAUAAAUGCUGCAUUUCAGUGGAAGAAUGGAAAAACUUAUUUCUUCUCUGAGGAUCAGUACUAUCGCUAUAACGACCUGAUAUUUAAUAUUGAUACAGGCGGUUAUCCAAGGGACACUGCACCAUGGUGGCUUGGCUGUCCUGAUAAAAGUCAAAUUAUUGCCCUUGACAGGCAAAACGCUAUGCAAGAUAAAUAUGGAGUAAAAUAUGAUACAUUCUCUUCUGAUAGACAUUCACGACACAAUGACGAACAAUGGAUUACAGUGGACGAACCUAGUGGUUUUCACGUAAAUAAUGACAAUAGUGUACAUAGUGGAGCUGUGAUACAUUCGCAUGUGCAGACGAGUCUUCAAGCAUUGUGUAUAUCAUUUUUCAUAACAAACUCUAUGUUUUUGUAUUACCCAGUUUUUACUUUACAUUAACAUUAAUUGACAAUAAAUAAUGAUUUAUAUGUGA